CCCUUCCCUCGGCGGGCCGCCAUGGAGGAGACGGACCGGCGGCGGCUGCUUUGCUUCCGGGUGCGGCUGUUGACGGAGCUGCGUCUGGAGUCGCUGUGGGCGCCGCUGCUGCGCCGGGACAUCUUCACCGCGGACAUGAUCGAGGAGAUCCAGGCGGCGGGGACGCGGCGGGACCAGGCGAGGCAGCUGCUGAGCGACCUGGAGACGCGGGGCCGGAGGGCCAUGGGGGACUUCGUGCUCUGCCUGCGGGAGAGCGGCCAGGAGGCGCUGGCGGAGCUGCUGAGCGACGGACGCCCCCCGGAGGGACCCCCGGACCAGUCCCCGAGGCACUCGGAGGUCCAUCAUCCCCUGCCCGAGAAGCCCCCCUCCGCCCACCCCGUCCUGCCGGGCCCCGUGGAAGAGCAGCCCCAAAGGGAUUCUGAAAUGGUUUACCCCCUGAAUUCUGAGCCCUGCGGCUACUGUCUCAUCAUCAACAAUGUCCAUUUUCACAAAGACACGGAUUUGAAACAUCGCCUGGGCUCCAACAUCGAUCGCCAGAGGCUGGAAAAGAGGUUCCGGGCACUUCAUUUCGAGGUCUUGACCAAGGAAGACCUUACAGCUCAGGAAAUCGCCAAGGAGCUGCAGGGCCUGUCCAGGCGUGAUCACAGCGGCCUGGACUGCUGCGUGGUGGUCAUCCUCUCCCACGGCUGCAAGAGCUACCACAUCCAGAUUCCGGGCGCCAUCUUUGGGACGGACGGGCAGCGCAUCCCGGUGCAGAAGGUGGUCAGCUAUUUCAACGGCUCCCACUGCCCGAGUCUGAGGGGGAAGCCGAAAUUGUUCUUCAUCCAGGCCUGCGGAGGAGAGGAGAAAGACGAAGGCUUUGAAAUGGAGGCAGACACACCGCCAGGCCGGCGUGAAGGAGGAAAGGCUGUGGAGUCGGACGCCACCCCGAUGCCGGGGCCAGGAGGAGAUUCUGAUGAACUCGAUGCCACGGCUAGUCUGCCCACGGACAGCGACAUCUUGGUUUGCUAUUCCACCUCUCCAGGCUACGUCUCCUGGCGGGACACCCAAAGCGGCUCCUGGUUCAUCGAGGCGCUGGAUCACGUCUUGGCCGAAUAUGCCCACCGGGAGGAUCUGCCCAGCAUCCUCAUGAAGAUGGCGAACAUCGUCGCUGCCAAAGUUGCGGGGUCUUACAAGCAAAUGCCCGGUCACUUCAACAUGCUUCGGAAAAAGUUUUUCUUCAGGGUCUAACGAACUUUUUGCUGGUUCUUCACCGUUCCUGGGACUUGAGACACAGACACACAAGGACUUUGUCUUGGUGCAUAUGCUUUUCACGUACACUGAGACCAUUUGCACCAAGACAAAGUCCUUGUGUGUUUAAUCACACUUGGGCAAUAAAAAAUUCAUUCAUUUCUGGAGAUGUGUUUUUGGUGGGUGUUUUUUUGACGCUUAAGGCCCCAUUUUGCCACCUGGUACGAACAAUCUGGUGCCUUUCCAGUGUUGUGUUCCAUGGAGAAGACCCCACCAGCAGGCAGAGAACCCAAAUAUCCCCGUCCCCUCCCCUAUCGGCCAGCCUUUGGAGUUGCAUGGAAACCUCAUCUUCAUUGAGCUCUAAUGGAACCGAUGGGAACCAGGUUUCUACUGUUUACAUUUCUCUUCUUCCUCCUUUUAAGAAAUCAAGAUAAUUAUAAUGAGAAGGUGGUCCUAGAAAUUGUUUUUGAGCCACAAGCGUUCAUCUUUAAAAAAAAAAAACCUUUAAGAGAUAACACGGUGUCUUAAAUUGUUUAAUUAUUCAAGGGAAAAGCACAGUGUCUCAUAAUCUUUUUACAUCAUUAAAUAUUUAAAUUCCUGA